CUACAAUUCCUGCCGGACCAGAGACUCGAACCGUGACUUUCGGGUUACAAGUCCGACUCUCUAUCCAUUAGGCCAUGACUGCCAAGCACUAGAGAGCACAAGCUGACUGCACCUGCUGGUCAAAACUCUGUAAAUGCAACGAGAACACAAACAGGUGCACUGAAAACUUUUACAGACCAAUUGCAUUUUUUAAAAAUGAAAAUGUAAUUUAUUUUUUGGUCUGUUAUCUUUUGGAGUUCUAUUUUGGAGUGUUUAAGACCGUUAAUCAGCACUCUUGACUGGCUGUUAAUUAUUCUCAUCUUUAACAUGACAGAGUAUCCAAAGAUGCAGAAAAACUCCUGGUGAAGUAACUGAGAUCCACGUGACUAUUGUAAAGAUGGCGUUUAUUAAAGAGGAGAGUGACGACACGAGGAUUGACGAAGCAUUCAGAGUGAAACAUGAAGAUACUGAGGAACAAACAGACCUGGUAGCAUUGAAAGAGGAGAGUGAAGUACCCAAUGAAAUGAAAGAGGAAGAUCAUGAUUUCGUAACUGAAGAAAAAUCGUUUAGUUGCUCACAGAAUGAAAAUACUUCCGCACAAAAUAUAGCUCAAAAUUCAGGAACACUUAAUUCCCACUUAAGAGAGGCUUCCGGAGAGAAGGCUUUCAAAUGCCAGCAGUGUGAAAGGAGUUUCCAAUUAAAUAAGUACCUGAAGAAUCACAUGAGAAUUCAUGCAGAGGACAAGCCUUUCACGUGCCGUCAUUGUGGCAAGAGUUUGAGUAAUAAAGGCAGUCUCAAAACUCACAUGAGAAUUCACACUGGAGAGAAGCCUUACUCGUGCCCUCAGUGCAGAAUGAAUUUCACAUACAAACCAACCUUGAAUGCUCAUUUGAAAAGUCACACUGGAGAGAACCCUUACACCUGCAAACUGUGUGGGAAGAGCUUCUCACAAAAGGGAAAUCUAAAUUAUCACAUGAGAGUUCACACUGGAGAGAAGCCUUUCACGUGUGAUCAGUGUGGAAGGAGUUUCAGCUACAAAGUAACCUUAAAUAGGCACGCAAGGAUUCACUCAAGAGACAACUGUUGUACAUGUCAUCAGUGUGGAAAGAGUUUCACUGACAAGAAAGACCUUAGGAAUCAUGUAACAACUCACAUCGGGGAGAAGCCUUUCAUGUGCCACCACUGUGGAAAGAGUUUCACACGUAAAGAAAAUCUCAAGACUCACAUGAUGAUUCAUACCGGAGAGAGACCUUUCAUGUGCCACCACUGUGGAAUGAGUUUCACACGUAAAGAAAAUCUCAAGACUCACAUGAUGAUUCAUACUGGAGAGAGACCUUUCAUGUGCCACUGCUGUGGAAAGAGUUUCAGAUUGAAAGGAAAUCUUCACACUCACAUGAGGCUUCACACCGGAGAGAGGCCUUACGCAAGUCUUAAGCGUGAGAAGAGUUUCACAAAUCAAAAAGACCUGAAAUGUCAUUUGCAAACCCAUUCCGGAAAGAAACAGCAGUGUUUAGAAUAUGGCAAGAUGUUUAGACAAAGGAGCAGUUUUAAAAAUCGCCUGCGAAUUCACUCUGGAGGAAGGCGAUUUAAUUGUGAUCAGUGUAAUAAAAAAUUUCUUUUACCAUCACACUUACAGAUACACCUGAAGAGUCAUGCAGAUGUGAGACACUAUUCUUGUUCUUUCUGUAGAAAGAGUUUUAAAUGGUUUGCCUAUUUUAAAUUGCACCAGAAAGCAAGUAUAUGUGUGAAAUCAAGGCUACAUUUGCACCAGAGCGAUUUAUUUAAACCAGAUGUGGUUUAAAUCUGAUUUUCUUCUCAAAUGUGUUGUUGUUGUUUUUUUUAUAUGACAUGUAUCCAAUACCAUCUGAACAGGUGACGCUCCUACAGCACUGCUCCAUGCGUUUUAUUUUGUAUCCUUUACUUGUUUAUAUUUUAACUUGAGAGCUUUUCUUUUGUCAUGUACAUAUGAGCACCUGUGGCCACACCUGACCAUUUCCUUCGCUAUAGUUUCAAAUAUUGAAUGGUUGCGGUAGACAGCCUCUAAUUUUGUUUUUAUUAAGUUGUUUCUCAAAUAUUUGAUUCAGAUAAAUUCCCUGGAAUCAAAAUAUUAGAUAAACUUCGUCUUGGUACAGAGCGCCACAGUUGCUACUGUAUGUUUACAUGCAACCCAGAUAAUCUGUUUAUAGUUGGAUUGAUGGCUCAAGCAGACUCAACUGGAAAGCCUUCAUUCAAUCCGAUUGCGUUUGACUCAAAUUAUUUAUUUAUUUUUCGAUUGAAAGUGGUGGUGGAGA